UUUUUUUCUUUUUUCUUUUUCUUCCAAAUUUCGAACUCCUCUGAUCACUUUCUUCACAAGUACGGAAAAGUGAUGUGAAGAGCAAACGAAUAGCAAAAGAGGGAAAAAUGUCGACCAACAGCUUCAGAAAUGGCGGCAGCAUGUCAAGAGGAGGAGGAGGAACUUCCAAGUUUGAGAAUCAUAAUUCUAGACACUCUUCGGCUUCCGUCAAGUCAAAGGUGCAGCAAUCGGCGGCGACUUCUCGCCGGACUAGCUCCGGCUCGAGCCGGGAUGCUUCUGCCGGCGUGGUUGAAACCCUUUUACCUUUCUGGUCGUUUGAUUUUGUUGUAAUGCUCAUUGAUCGUCUGUUGAAAUUGAUUUUAUUUGCAUUGGGUUAUGGCAGUGUGUCUGGGAGGGUGAGAGUUGCUGUCAGAUUGAGGCCUCCGAAUUCAGAAGAGAUGGUGGCAGAUGCUGAUUUUGCUGAUUGCGUGGAAUUGCAACCGGAGCUUAAACGGUUGAAGCUCAGGAGAAAUAAUUGGGAUUCUGAUACGUACGAAUUUGAUGAAGUUUUAACAGAGUUUGCUUCACAAAAGCGUGUUUAUGAAGUCGUAGCAAAACCCGUGGUUGAGAGUGUUUUAGAUGGCUACAAUGGAACUGUGAUGGCAUAUGGGCAGACUGGUACAGGAAAGACCUACACGCUAGGACGGCUAGGAGAAAAGGAUGCUGCUGAUCGUGGAAUAAUGCUGCGUGCAAUGGAGGAUAUAUUGGCAGAAAUAUCGCCCGAGAGUGAUGUAGUCUGCGUUUCUUAUUUUCAGCUUUACAUGGAAACGGUACAGGACCUCCUUAAUCCAGCUAAUGAUAACAUAUCUAUUGUGGAAGAUCCCAAAAGUGGAGAUGUUUCUCUACCUGGCGCGACUGUGGUAGAAAUUAGGGAUCAUAAAAGUUUUGUGGAAUUACUGCAAUUAGGGGAAGCUCAUCGUUUUGCUGCGAACACAAAAUUAAAUACGGAAUCCUCACGUAGUCAUGCCAUUCUGAUGGUGCAUAUAAAGAGGUCUGCCAAGGGGAAAAAAUCAUCAUUUCCAAGUGAAAAUGGAAACAUGACUGUAACGGGCAAAACACUGAAGCCUCCCAUUGUACGAAAAAGCAAGCUAGUUAUUGUGGACCUCGCUGGCUCUGAGCGUAUUGACAAGUCUGGGAGUGAAGGUCAUACACUGGAUGAGGCUAAGUCUAUCAAUCUCUCUUUGAGUGCGCUAGGGAAGUGUAUCAAUGCAUUGGCUGAGAAUAGUGCCCAUGUUCCCGUUCGAGAUUCAAAACUGACAAGAUUGCUUCGGGAUUCUUUUGGAGGUACAGCGAGAACCUCAUUGAUCAUAACUAUUGGGCCAUCACCACGCCACCGAGGAGAGACAUCUAGCACCAUCAUGUUUGGACAACGGGCCAUGAAGGUGGAGAAUAUGGUAAAGAUUAAAGAAGAAUUCGAUUACAAAAGUUUAUCAAGGCGCCUUGAAAUGGAAUUGGACAAACUAAUUGCUGAACAUGAAAGGCAACAGAAUGCUUUUCAAGUUGAGAUUGAAAGAAUAGCUUUGGAAGCAGAAAGGCGCGUUUCUGAAGUGGAACAGAAUUAUGGCGAUGCCUUGGAGGAAAAAUUGAAGUGUCAGAAAGAGUGUAUGGAAUCUGUGAAGAAGCUGGAGGAAGAAUGGACGGCAAAGGAAAAAAUGCAUGGACAUAGACAAGUCAAAGUUGAGUCAUUUAAUGAUGGAAUGGACCCAAAAUCAAGGAAUGUGAUUGUUUGGCUUUCGUUCUGCUCCUUCUUAGAGAAUACUGAAAAUAAACUCGAAUUUCAGGCAGUUGCAUUUCACAAACUUUCUCUAUCACAUCUUAACAUACUAGGGCUGAAUUACAUUGCUCUGCAGCCUCCAAUGCUAUUUGCCUCUGGCGAAGUUGCUGAGAUUAAAAAGAAGCUUCAGAAUGAAAUUCUUUUACGCAAAGCUGCAGAAGCCCAAGUUCAUAAUCUUGAAAAUCAAUUAAGUCACUGGAAAACAUCUGAGGCUGCCAGAAGUGCUGAAAUCUUGAAGCUCCGUGAGAUGCUUGAAGAUGAAGAACUUCAAAAGGCAAAACUUGAAGAAGAAAUCCAAAUGCUUCAAAGUCAGCUAUUGCAGAUUAGUUUCGAAGCAGAUGAGGUGAGCAGUUCUAUUACUCUAAUCUUGUGUGCUGGAAUACACCAUGCUGUAACAGUGGGGCUGCACAAAAUACUAUCAUUACUUGAAUCUGAAGAUGCUGAUGUACGCAUUCAUGCUGUUAAAGUAGUUGCUAAUCUGGCAGCAGAAGAGUCAAACCAGGAAAGGAUUGUUGAAGCUGGCGGGCUGACAUGCUUGCUUGCUCUCUUUAAAAGUUCAAAUGAUGAGACUAUUCAUCGAGUUGCAGCUGGGGCCAUAGCAAAUCUCGCAAUGAACGAGACAAACCAGGAGCUCAUCAUGUGUCAAGGAGGCAUAAGUUUGUUGUCGGUGAUAGCAGCCAAGGCAGAGGAUCCACAGACCCUCCGCAUGGUUGCUGGAGCUAUUGCUAAUCUUUGUGGCAAUGUGUUACUGACCUCUGGUUUUCCUUUAGACAAGUUGCUUGCUGAACUAAGAGCUGAAGGUGGUAUUAAGGCCCUGCUGGCAAUGGUCAGAUGCCGACAUCCAGAUGUUCUUGCCCAGGUGGCUCGUGGGAUCGCAAACUUUGCAAAAUGCGAGUCUAGAGCAUCCACUCAAGGGACAAGAAGCGGGAGAUCGGUCCUAAUUGAAGAUGGUGUCCUUCCUUGGAUCGUGCAGAAUGCUAACAACGAAGCCUCACCAAUCAGGCGUCACAUUGAGCUGGCACUUUGCCAUUUGGGUCAACAUGAGAUUAAUGCAAAAGAAAUGAUUGUUGGAGGCGCCUUGUGGGAGCUCGUGCGUAUAUCCCGAGAUUGCUCACGUGAGGAUAUAAGAACUCUUGCGCAACGGAUACUAAAGACGAACUCUAGCUUCCAGGCAGAGUUGAGGAAGCUAAGAAUCAAUCCUCAUUAAAUUUACGGAGAUCGGCCAUGGUAAUGGGGAUGCAGAAGAAUGUAGAUGACUUAGGCUGAUGAGAUUGGAUUUUGCAUAUAAAAUGUUGAAAUUACUUGAUUGGGAUUUUAUGACUGCUCUAUAUUUAUAUCUAGUUUUGAGAUUUUAACCAUUAUUUUUUAAUCAUCGAUUUGUUUGCAAGUUGUACAUAGAUGUGUAGAAACACAGCUGUAAACAUAUGUUUGUGGAACCUUAGGAAUGGUGUGUAAAUUUCUAAGUAUAAUCUUAUUUAGUAGUGCAUUUCACCAAAGUAUAAGUUUA